AUGCCAACUGAAUUAUCGGAGUUAUACUUUGGAAAUACUGAAGAAUCUGAAAAUUUCCGAACUUAUAUUAGAACGUACAAUAACAUGUUUGCAUUUACUUCACUUGGUGUCAAGUAUGAUAAAGAGCUAGCGAGAAGAAAUUGUGGUAUCUACACAUUUAGAGUCCAAGGACAAAUGUAUCAUUUUAUAGAUGAUUUAGUUCCUUCCAAUGAAAAACCUAGGAAUUUACAGCUGUACUUCUACGAUAAUGAUAAUGAACUAGCCAAUAGGAUGGCUUGUUCGACAAGAAUUAAUGAAUCAAUAGUGAAAAAGUUGAUGGACAUACUGAAGGUAAAUCCAUAUACUAUUUUCCUAAGAUCUCUCUUAAAUGUUCCUCAAUUAUCUGAUUUCUAUAUUGCUCUUAAAUGUCACUCAACCUUAGAUCAACGAACAUAUAACUUACCCAGUGCAUCAGAGAUCGCGGCAUUAUGGCUUGAAGAAAAUCCUAGAGACACAUCUGCACCACAUAUUCGAAUUUAUACUCACAGUAAUAGAUCUCGGUUAGUACAUUAUUAUUAUGGAUGUUAUGAUCCGUUGCAGUAUCCAUUAUUAUUUUCCUUCGGUGAAAAUGGAUGGCAUUGUGGAAUCAAAAAAAUUGUUCAGACAAAAAAUGUGACGAAACGUAGAGCUUACUGUGAACAUGAACAAUUGCCCAGUAUAUCAAAUAUGUGUUCAAUUGAUGGAUUUCUUGAUAUGGAAGAUGAAUCACUACAAAAAGGAAAACGAAAAAGAGAUACAGUAUCUUGUCGAGAGUAUUAUUGUUACAAAUUUCAACUAAGAGAUAAUGAAACAAAUGAAGUGCUACAUUGUGGGAGAAUAUUCCAACAAUUUAUAGUAGAUGCAUAUAUAAAGCUUGAAACGCAAAGAUUAGACUUCUUCUCAUUUAAUCCAGAUUUAUUUAGAAUUGAAGUCUUGCAAGGACUCCUUGAUAUUUUAAGAUAUGGUGAAAGGGAUGCCUCUAAAAUUGGAAAGAAAACAUUCCUCCCUGUUACAUUUAUAGGGGGACCAAGGGACAUGCGCCGGCGAUACAUGGAUGCUAUCGCAUUGGUACAAUAUUUUGGAAAACCUGAUUUCUUUAUAACAAUGACAUGUAAUCCUGCUUGGCCAGAAAUAAAAGAACAUUUAUCACUGGUUGAUGAAGUACAGAACAGGCCUGAUUUAGUUAGUCGAGUUUUCAGAGCAAAGGUAGAAGAAUUAAAGACGGAUAUAUUAAAAAGACAAAUCUUUGAAAGAGUUGCAGCAUUCAUGUAUACUAUAGAAUUUCAAAAACGUGAAUUGCCUGAUUCUAAAAAAGAUCGCGAUCUAUAUUCACUUGUUAUUAAACAUAUGGUGCAUGGUCCUUGUGGAAAGUUAAAUCCUACAAAUAUUUGCAUGAAAAAUAAUAACUGCAAAUUCAAGUAUCCAAAAGAUUUUGCUGAACAAACAUCAAAAGGGAAGAAUUCAUAUCCAAUAUACAAAAGGAGAAGAACCGGAGAAGCUGUAAAAGUAAGAGGUGAGUUUCUGGAUAAUUCUUGGGUUGUUCCAUAUAAUCCAUUUUUGCUAUGCAAGUAUAAUUGUCAUAUGAAUGUUGAAGUUUGUUCUGAUAUCAAAGUAGUGAAAUAUAUUUGCAAGGGACACGAUAAAAUUGCAUUACAUAUACAUGAUAAUGAUACAGAUACAGACAUAGAUGAAAUAAAAGAAUAUCAAUCUGCUAGAUGGGUUUCUCCUCCAGAAGCUGCAUGGCGAUUAUUUGGUUUUCCCAUAAGUGAAAUGACUCCAAGUGUUUUUCACCUUCAAUUACAUUUGGAAGGACAACAAUUUGUCUCUUUUAAAAGUAUUGAAAAUGUUGAUAGAAUACUGAGUAAUCCAAUGAUUCGAAAAACAAUGUUAACUGAAUUUUUUGUUAUGAACAGAACAGAUAAAAAUGCUAUGCAACUGUUAUUAUUAUAUAAAGAAUUUCCUGAGUACUUUGUAUGGUCACCUAAGGAAAAAAUGUGGACACGUCGAAAACAACGUACUGUAAUUGGACGUGUUGUAACAUGUCAUCCAACAGAAGGAGAAAGAUAUUAUCUUAGAUUAUUAUUGAUGAACGUUAGAGGACCAAACUCAUAUCAGGACUUAUGUAAAGUUGACGGCAAAUGUUGUAGUACAUUUAGAGAGGCCGCAGAAAAAAGAGGAUUGUUACAAUGUGAUAACAACUUGGUUGAAUAUAUGUCUGAAGCUACAAAUUAUCAAAUGCCAUAUAGUUUAAGGCGUUUGUUUGCAACAUUAUUAGUGUACUGUAAUCCUGCUAAUCCAACGGAACUUUAG